UUACCAAAAUGGCAGCGAAAUUGAGAAAUGUUAUCACAUCUGCAUUUAAAAUGCACGGUUUAACUCUUCGGAGUGAAGCCAGUAGAUAUUUAGUAGAAGUAUUAACACCAUUAGAUGAGGGAGAAAGAGAUGGCUGGUUGGAUCACAUGAUAGAAAUAAUACAGAAACAGCCAUUGUCAUCUUCUAUGAUAGAUAAAAUUGUUUGUGAAGCUGCUGUACAAGAAUGUAAUGCUGAACAAGAUGAAGAAGGUGAAAAUGUGUUUUGUAUAAUUGAUGCGUUUUCCGUACCACGGUUCACAUACCAUCCAGAUAGAAAAAAAUUUAUUCCAAAUACAAGUUUAGGUAUAAAGGGUCCAGUAUUACACGGGACAGCAGAUGAUAAAGCUACGUUAUUCCGAGAAAGAUACACAAUACUUCAACAGCGAACAUUACGCCAUGAUUUAUUUACUCCACCAGUUUUAGGUUCCGCGCCAGAUGAACAAACUAAAAAGUUUCAGCUUAAACCAAUAGAAUUUUUACUGGGAAGUACGGCCAAAUUAGGAGAUAUAAUCGUACUUGGUAUGCUCACACAGAUGAAAGAGGGUAAAUGGUAUUUAGAAGAUCCGACUGGUUAUGUUCAAAUAGAUUUAUCAACAGCUAACUUUCAUAAAGGUCUCUUCACAGAAAAUUCAUUUGUACUGGCAGAAGGCUGGUAUGAAGACAGUUUAUUUCACGUUAAUGCGUUUGGUUUUCCACCAACUGAAACUGCAAAAUCAAGCAGAGCUUAUUUUGGUAACAUAAAUUUUUUCGGUGGUCCAUCAUCUACAUCUGUUAAAGCGUCCAAUAAAUUAAAGAAAGUUGAAGAAGAGAAUCAGGAUGCCAUGUUUGUUGUUUUAUCCGAUGUCUGGUUAGAUAAUGUUAAGGUAAUGGAGAAAUUAAAGGAAUUAUUUGCUGGUUAUUCUGAGUUUCCCCCGACAUGUUUUAUUUUAUGUGGUAAUUUUUCCAGUGCACCUCAUGGUACGAGUCAUGUUAAAACAUUAAAAGAAUCUUUUCACAACCUUGGUGAGAUGUUGAGUGAAUUUCCUACGUUAAUAAAAACGUGUAAAUUUGUGUUUGUACCUGGCCCACAAGAUCCUGGUCUUGCUACCAUAUUACCACGACCAGCAAUACCAAACUCCAUCACAGAAGAACUACGACGUAAAAUACCAUCAGCUAUAUUUACAACCAACCCAUGUAGAAUACAAUACUGUACACAAGAAAUAGUCAUAUUCCGUGAAGAUAUAGUUACCAAGAUGUGUAGAAAUUGUGUUAAAUUUCCUUCAGAUGGAGAUGUACCAACUCAUUUUGCUAAAUCUAUAAUCAGUCAAGGUCAUCUGUGUCCGUUACCUCUCCAUGUUUGUCCGACAUAUUGGGCGUACGAUCGUAGUUUACGUAUUUAUCCUUUACCUGACCUAGUUAUAUGUGCCGAUAAAUGUGAUCCGUUUACAACAACACAAGUAGAAUGUACCAUCAUGAAUCCAGGCUCCUUCCCAAGAACAAAUUUUGGAUUCAAGGUCUACUACCCUGCAACUCGAGAAGUUCAAGAAAGCCAGAUUCAGGAAUAACAUUGAUGUUUGGAAUAGUUUUGACAGAUUUGGAGAAUAGAAUUUACCUCCUCUGUAUUUGGACAAGGCGUGUGUGGUUUUGUGAAAAAUUAUAGACUUUGCGCUAGAACAACUAAGUUGUUGAACGAUCUCAUGGUAGACUUUUUACGACAUUCACGAUGAAAGAGUGGUCAGUUUACGGGGGAUUUUACAAAUUAUCUUUGCAAUAUACUUAAACAUGUGAUGGGGAGGGUGGGGGGUCUGGGGUCCUCCGCAGAGAAAAUUUUGAAAAAUCAAAGUGUGAUUAUUGAGGCAUAUCUCAACCUAAUAAUCAUAUUCAAUUUCAUCGGCUACAUCAACCCAGUGCCUCCCCCAGGUGGAACUGCCACUGGACAUUAUUCUACAUAGGUGGUGAUUUGUGCCGCAUAUCUUCAAUCAGCUUCAUCACCCAAAACAACAAAUAGCUAAAAUUUACAUGGAAAUAGAAUAAUAAGUGUUAUUUAGGGAUUUUUUCGUGUACUCUCCCAACCUCCACACCCUGAUCUGCCAUUGGACAUUACAUAAAUUUGUAUGGUAUUUAAAAGAAAGGGCAGUAACUGAGUUGUAUUAUUUAUUUUUUUUUUUUUAAAGAAAUAUUUGUACAGUACUUUUCUUUCUAUUUAUGUUUGAGUCAGUGUAAUUGAACUUCACAUCUUUUAUAUGAAUCUGUUAGACCAUACAAAAAAAAUAUACUGAUUCUCUGAUACUCUUGCGUCACUUAAAAAGGGACGUAUGACUUGUUUUUAUUUCAAAAAAUAAAAAUUAAAUAAAAAAAUUCCCCCGGUUACAGGAACCCUUUUUGGGGAACAAUUGUUCAAGAACCAGAAUAUUAUUUUUGUAUGGCCUUAAUUUGUCAUUUAUCCGUAAUUUUAUACCAGUUACUGAUUUUAAGAUCAUUUCUCAGGAAAAUGUGGUAUAAAUACUGAUAUAUUAUGUUGAAGGGUUUUACGAUAUAUACCACUUUCCUGAUACUAGAUAUCUAAAUAUUACCUCUUAUCGACAAAAGAGUAAACUUGACACACCAUCCGAAUUACCUCGAUAAUCCAGGCUACAUUUACUCACGUUCUGUUUCCCAAACUCAUCCACAAAGAAUAAAUAAGUAAUUGUUUUAUUUACCAUGUCUGAAAAUUCCAAACAGAAAUAUUGAGCCAUUUUGGAUUGAUUGCUAGAUUUGAUUAACAGCUUUCAUAACUCAUUUCAUUCUUCAGUUGUUUCAGUGACUUGAUAAUUACACCUAUCAAUUACCCUCCUUAAGCAAGUAUAUAGACAUAGUUAUCAAGGCACUUACACUGCAUGGAAUCUGUGGAUUGCUCCUUUAAUAAGAAAUUAUUAUAUUUAAUCUUGGGAUGCAUUCACAUGAAUGAAAUGGGGUUUUAGUUUUUCUCCACUAACUAGACGAGUGAAGACUGGUGUAUUCACAUACUAAACACAAAAUCAAUUUAGAUCCUGGUUUUAUAUUGAGUAAAAGAGCAAAACAAAUUUAGAUAUAUGAAAUGUACAUAAACUAAUAAAUUAAGAAUUUAAUCAGCAGAGCCAUCGGAACUCCAUUUUGGAUCUCUAUGCCGACAGCCUCUUCCCCAAUAUGAAUUUUAUUCCGACAGGUGUGAUUAAUAUAAACUUCAGAUAAUUGUCUGAUUCCAUGCCUGAAACUUGUAACAAUGUAUUAUGUAUAUAUUUGUAAAUAUGUAACAUAUUUAUAUUUUAAGUGUAAUAAUAAUAAAAAGCACUGUCAAUGACA